AGAAGCAUGUGGUUGUGUGAAAUCCCCCGGAAAAUGCCUUUUUGGGGUUUGGGGGUUCUGCUCCUCCUUUUGGGGGGGACCCUGGUCGGUCCCUCUGACGCCGCCGGGUCUUUUUGGGAUGCCGCUUUGCCCACCUGCGACGAGCAGAGCCUCACUUUCCUCCUGCUGCCCCAACCGAAGGUCUCCUCAUCUCUAAUAAGGCUGCUGGAUCGCAAAGGUAACCCCCAUCUUCUGAAGAAUGACUCUACCUGUGGGACUUCUGCCUUCCCCAAUCCGGACGGCUCUGUAGUGGUGAGGGUGGCCUUUGAUGGGUGUUACACAAGAGCGCAGGAUUCCCGCUUCCGGACGACAGUCCACAUUGAAGGCCUUGCGGCGGAUGGACGGGUGACCUCCUACAAAGAGGAGCUGAGCUGCCCCGAACCCCUCCUAGGUACCACCUGA